ACGUUAAAAGCAGGAUAGCGCAGCACCACGAAAACAUAAUUGAAGUUGACGGCAACAGCACACCAUGGACGCCCCCGAAGUCGACGUCCGCUGCAUCGCCGAAGGAAGCAGCUCCGAUGCAUCGAGCCCGACGAACGAUGGUCCCCGUGACUCGCUGGUAGUCCGGCGCCUCUAUCGCGUCACCUACUCGGACGACUCGCUGAAGGAGCGCUUUGACCAAAUCGUGCGCACGACGCUACGCUUGGCCAACGCCACGGACACGAGUAACAACGUUCUCUUGGCGCAAAAAGCCAUCAAGUACCGACGGCGACACAGCGACUCGAUCAAUUACGACGACCCAAGCGCGGACGUAUUCGAGAGCCUAGGUAUUAAGUGGUGCAAAACGCCGUAGUCGCCGACUUUCCUAGAUUUGUGUAUCAUAUUCGUGCAAAUGAACGUUGUUUGUGGGGUCCCGA